CUUUCAGACACUCAACACAGUUGUUUAAAUUCGUGAUUUUACUGCUUGCACUGGGUCUUUGUUUUUCAAUCGAGAGUAUCGAUGAUGAGUACAACGAGAAUAUGAAAUUUGAUUGCUAUCCUGAAAGAGGAAGAGUUGAUAGCUGUAGAGAGGUUGAUUUCAAACUAAAUAGUGCCCACAGUAUCGGCAUGAGCUCACCUUAUUCUCCAAUGAUUGACAGAAUCGGCAACAACUCUGAGGGAGAAUUAUUUUAUGAAUGGGAAAUCAAGGAAGAAACAGAAUUCCAACAAACUGAAGCUCUUGAAGCAAUAUUUACAGAGUAUGGAUAUGCAACCUCUAACAGAAAUAAGUACAAUGAGUUUACUCCAAAUAUGACUUUGUGGGAAAAGAGAUACACUGCAAAAAGGCUGACUAGGAUCUUGUCGGAUAAAUCUUCUGAACUUAAUUCAAAUGAUGGGAUGAAGAAAAUGAAGAAUUUUAAAUAUUUCGCACUGAGUCACCUCGAAAAUUUUAAAGGAGCCACUCGUAAUUUCUCUGAGCUCAAAGUGAAGAAAAUGAACAAGAUGCAGAUUGAAGUAUAUCCAAGAGAACUUAACUUUAACUCUAUUGAACUGUGCUCACCUAUGUAUAAGAACUUUACAAUGAAGAAUGUGGAUAAGCAGAAGAAUAUUGAGAUCGCAAGUAUUAUUCCAGAAUCUUCACAGAUUAUUAUCGAGCAUGACUACGGCAAAAAUAUUCUCAUUAGGCCUGGAAGCAAGAUCAAUAUCAGAGUGACAGUUACUGCUGAAAUUAGAGAACCAAUCAAAACAGUCAUUGUCUUCACGUUGAAGAACGGGGUGAAACUAGUCUAUCUUGUCAAAUUUAUUGGUAUUGACAAUUACUAUGGCCUUGAGCCACUAGUAAUUGAUAAAGCAAGACAUCCAACCAAUAUGAUUGACUUCUUUAUGACUAACCAGAUGGAUGAGAAUUUCGAGUUCACUCUAAGUGACAUUAAAAUAAAGAAAGAGUCUUCUCCUGUAGAGCUCUAUCAUGCUCAGUACAAGCUUGGCAUGAGUGAAUCUGAUAAAAUUAUUGAUAGGAAUGCCAAUAAUCCGCACUGGUAUGAAAAGUUCUCAGCAUCAAAGAUCAAGAUCGGCAAGAAAUUGAGAAAACCCAUCUUCAAGAUGAAUAUUAAUGACACUGGGUCCGAUUUCCAAGAAUUUGUGGUCCAAUUUAUGCUGAAGGAUCUCAACACUGGAGAAAAGAGGCUUUUUGCAGUUCCUGUUUAUGUCUAUUUCAAUGAUAAUGCUGUGGAUCUGUAUCCGCCUGUGAUUGAUUUCGGAGUGCUUUACGCAAAUUCAGGAAUAAAGCAUACUAUUACUAUUAAAGCAGUAAAGAAUGGACUUGAUGGGAUCAGAGUUGGAUUCCCUUUUGUACCUAAAAAUGAUAACUUCGAGUAUGAUUUCUCUCCUAUCCUGAAGACUCAUGGAGUAGCUUCCUAUGAAAACCAUUACACAGUUGGAAAAAUUACUUUAAAAACACUUGGAUUGGCUGAUGGUGACCAUUCUGGAUACAUAAUUUUCUGCAAGGACAAAAUGUGUGAAAAAGACAAAGGAAAGACAAGAAUCUAUUACCAGUUCAGAAUUCAUAAGGACCCCCUUAAUGGAGUGUCAAAAAUUCACUCCUUCGAAGUUUCUGAAGAUAACACCAAGAGCAAAGAUGAUAAAGUCCAUAUUCAGCUUCUUUGGAUUAAAAACACCUUUAAUACUCCCUUGAGGAUUGAUGAUGUGACAUGAGAAGAUCGAGAACUGAGCCUCACCUUUGCAGAAUCUAAGAACUUUGAUGAUGUUGAAGAAGAUAAGUAUUGAUGCCUAUCCUCUCUCACUCCUGAAAAUAGCAGUUGUCAAAGUUGUGGGAAAAAGUACAUUGAGGAUUUAGACAGCAGCUAUCACAAACUGACUCUCGAUCCUGGAAUUGAGAAUCAAGGAAUCAAAAUGAGAUAUAAAUACCAGAUAAAUCGUUCAAAGACAGUUGAGACAAAGUUCGUUGUAGUUUGGACUAAUGGUACUUAUAUUCCAAUCCCUGUCUUCAUUUAUGAUAAGUCACUGGCUUGCUCUUUUGAAUACUAUAAUGAUUCAGAAAAUGCUAAGUCUCCAUUUAUCUUGAUGGCCACAAAGUGUAAUAAUAUGCCAGAUUAUACACAACUUGACUUUGGCCCGAUUGCUAGGGAUCUAAAUCAUACCAGGACUUUGACGCUUGCUAAUCUCAAUUUAAUGCCUAUAUUCAUUGAUGAAAUACGUAUUGAUCCUCCUAUUUGUGAUGGAGAAAGGGCCGAUACUGUUAUCCAGUUAGUCCCUGAUAAAGCUUAUGAUAUAAUGACUAGAGAUAGAAAGAGAGAUUACUCAAAUGAAAAUAAAUGUUUUUCACAAAUCUAUGACCCAGAUGAAAUAAAGAGACCAAUCAAGAGUCAUUCAAUAGUAGAAUCUUCCGAUUUUAUGAUUGCUCCAAACUCUAUGGUCACAUUUAAUGUAGAUGUGCUAUCUCCUACCAUCCUGGAGGAUAAUAAUUGUAGCAGAUAUGAGGCAAAGAUUUUAUUCAGAAGCUCUCAAUCCCCUGAUUUUGAAAUUCCAAUAUCAUAUCUAGUGAUAGACACUCCAACUGAUUUUUAUAGUAUGAUCAUUGAGUUACCUGCUUUCUAUGUCUCUGAAAAGGAGCAGGUUCAUGAAUUAAGCAUUAAGUCAAACUUGGAUUACCCAAUGCAUAUAAUCGACGUGGAAUCUCAAGAUCCUGAUGAAAUCUCCGUUGAAAUUCUGAAAAGAGUGUUACACCCAGAUGAGGAGGAGAAGAUAAUUAAGAUUUCAACUCUCCCUUUUAACAAUUUUAACACCUAUUUAAGAACUUUGCAGAAGCACUUGCUUGAUAAGACCCCAGUAGAGACUGAGCCUUAUCUUACUUACUUCGAUGUGCUUGCUUAUCAAUCUGAGCUGAAGGAAUGGGAAGAGAGGAUCAUUAAAAAUCUAACAGAGUCAGUAACCAUGGUAGAUAUCAGAACAAAUAUUGUUAAAAAUAUUACAAUUCCAAUCAAGAAGAUUCUUAAGAAGCCUGAACUUGUUGAUGCAGAAACCUAUGACUUUGGUAUGGUCGAGGUUGAUGCAGAGAAGAGGGGGACUCUGAACAUUUUUAAUCCUUCUAAUCUGCCAAUGGAAAUCAGUGUCCACCUUGCCCCCACAAACUACCUAGAUAUGAUUUUCCAAGAAAUAAUGAGUGAUGAAAGUCUCAUAAAAUGGAUGGUUCUUUGUGAGAAAGUGUAUUUAGCAGGAUCAGAUGGAAGGCAGAUGUGACUUGAAUUCUUGAAAAUUAACAAUAUUCAAGAAAAAGACCUCAAAAAAGUGAUAGAUUUCUUCUUCAAGAACUACUUCAACUUUAUCAACAAUAAUGAAGUUGGAGAAGAACUAUUCAUUAAUUUUAUUUCUGACCAGCACAAAAUUUUGAAGGAUACCAUCAAGAAUAUAUCUGACUCUACUAAGGCCAUCAAGCCAGAAGUUUUGGAUGAAUGUUUCGGAAAUUGCGAGGAAGAAAGCACCUUUAUGUCAUUUUUAUCAAAACUCAAUCCAUUCUCGAGAACAAAUGAGAGGAACAAACAGAAUAUUCCGAAGAUUGAACUUCCUGAGGGAGAGCAGUAUGAAGAAAUUGUAGAAACUAUCAAAGUAAGACUUCACCAAUGGAUGGAUGAACAUCCUCAAAAUGGAAAUGAUGAAUUGAAGACACUGAUCAACACUAGAAAACAAAACUUCUUCAUUGAACAACCUUCUGAAUGAGACAAUGAAAAUAUUAAUGAUGAGAAUAGUAAAAAGAAAUGAAAUACUCAAUGUAAAAAUAAGAGCUUUGUGAUUCCUCCGAGAGCUACUCUAGAAUACCGCUGUGUGCACUUCCAUCCAACUCUUGCUACUGAUAAUGCAGAAGGUUACCUUUUGAUUAAGAAUAAUCUGACUUUUGUCUACCCUGUUAAGCUCACUGGAAAGAGUGGAAAAGCUAUUUUUAAAAUCACUGAUUUGAAAGCUCCGUCUUUCUACUCAAAUGAUCCUCAAAAGCCGUUAUACCAGAAUGUGCCAACAGAUGUUGAAGGAGGAGUGGAAAUCAUGUUUAAUCUCAACAUGAAGCAUGAUGUGUUCAAAAUGAAAAAGCUUGAAGCACUCUCCAAAGCUGAACUCCGGAGACAGGCUGAAAACUCUUUAGGGACUGAGCAAGUCACUGUAAAGGAUAUCGAAUUAAUCAGGAAGCAUUAUAGGAGGUUUAACAUCUCUAAUAUUGGAAACUUCAAGACCAAUAUCGUUGAUAUUACUUUAAGCAACAAUCAGAAGAAGAACAAUUGGUUUACUCUUACUAAGUUAUCUGGGGACCAAGGAUAUGAAAUAAUGUAUGAGCCUGAUUUUAGACACUUGAUGAUCGAAGAGACUAUCCUAGUAAAGACUGAGAACUCUAUUACUGAGUUUAAGGUGAAAGCUAGCAUUCCUUUGUACUUGAUCAAGUUUAUCGAUAUGAACUUCCCCAAAUUUUCAAAUAAUUAUUUACUUAGGAGACUAUCUGAAAUAGAAGAGCAUAUAGGAAACUGGUAUUACUUGAUAGUACUCUCCUUCGUUCUAUUGACUCUAUUGCUACUCGGAACUGAAUUAGUUGAGUAUGUAAUCUUCCUCAAGCAGAAAAACAUUAAUUAUGCCCUUCUAACAGAGCUCAUUUCAGCAUAUGAAAAGACCAAAGAAUUGGAAGAAGAGGAGCAGAAGAUGAAAAAUUUAUCUAAAAUGCUUGACAAGAGCAAAAAUGAUCCUUCUCAACUUCAGAAGGAACAGAAAGCUAAGAAAGCAACUCCAGUAAAAUCUCUUGGAGCUUUCAAACCAAAGUCUAUUCCUUUAAAUGAGUCUAAAGCUGGUAUUGAAGAGAUUAAGAAGAAAUUGGCUGGCAGAAUAGAUUUUAGCAACUCUCAAGGAUUAUUAGGACCUAAGGGAGUAGAGAGAAUGCCAGUGGUCAAACACGGAAAGAAUAAGAAGAGGAAAGGAAAGGAGGUGAAGAUGCCGAUAGGGGGAAGUGGGCAAGGUCAGAAAAAGACUAAGGAGAAAGAAAAUACUAAAAUACAAGAAGAACUAACUGAGGAGAAUUUUGUUGAUGCACCAGCAAAAAGAAAGGAGGAAAAGGAUUAUAAAAAGGAUAAAGAUUCCUUUUUGAAGUCACAAAAUAAAGAUAAAGAAAAGUCUAAAUCUCCAGAAGAAGAAAAGAAGGAAGUUUCACCAAAUGCUUCAAAUACUUCUCCUGCUCAAGCAAAGCUUGACCUACAAAAGCUCAAUCCAAAAGGGCCAAAAUUUAAGAGAGGAAAACAAAGAAAUCAACCAAAACAAAAUAAGGUUAAGGGCGUUGGUGUGGAUCUUACCAAUGAGCAAGAAGUUGCCCCCGCAAACAGAGUGGUUUUUCCAUCUUCAAUGUACCAAGCAGUCAACGAAAUUAACAUAAGUAAUGAAGAUGAGUUCCCUUCCUUAACUCAAGCUACUGCAAAACAAAAAGAUUCUGAAACUAUUCCCGAUAAAGAAGAAACAAAACAAGAUAUUUCUAAUAAAAAGCAAAUCCCUGAAGAACCUUCUAAGAUCGUUGGAGAGAAGCAAAUAGAAACAACCAAGAAUGAGGAACCAAAUGAGGGCGAGAGAGUUGACUCAAAGAAGCAGAACAUAUCUCCCAAGAAGCCAAGACAGGUCGAAACAGCAACUAUUAAGCUUUAUUCUCGUCAGCAAACUGAAGAAUCUGCUGCUAGUGAGCCCAAGAAGGAAACUCGCAAUAGACUCUCUAAUGCCCAGUCAAAUAAUAGCUGGAUGGAAAAUGAUGAAGGAGCAGAAUCAAUCAACCCAAGAUCUGAAUACACUGAUGAAGACAGACUUGAUGAUAGUGAGGACAAGAACGCUGAAGAUGUCUCCAAUCCCAAAAGUUCUCAAUCACAAUCAGAGAGUUCUUACAAAGAGUCCCAAAGGUCAGCUAAGAAGAAUGACGAUAAGAGAUUUACCAGAAAAACAGAUUUUCAAGACAAUAGGAAAGCUACAUCAGGAAGACAAAACCCUUAUUAUAGAAAUGACUAUAAUGACCUGAAAUAUUACAAGAAGCAAUAUCAUGACCCCACUUCAUACAAAAGUAACAAAAAGGGAGUCAAGAAAGGGCAUGAUAUUACUCCUAAAUCAGGAAAUAGCUAUCAGGAUUAUAAGAGAGAGCUCAGAGAACAAAAGAAUAAGCAUAACUAUAACAGAGGAGGAUACUACCUAAAGAAUCAGCAAGACUACUACACCAAGCCAGUUAGAGCUAAGGAUGAAGCUCCUAAUAUGAGAAGAGGAGCCAGAGGGAAAUACAGAGAAGAUAAAGCAUAUAAGUCAAAUUACUACGAUUCCAAAGAGGAUCACUCCUAUCACAAAUACGAUCAGAGCAGCUUUAUAAGUCAUAAAAAGUCUGAGCCAAAGAUAGAAGAAAUUGAAGAUACUAAAGCUCAGGAGAUUAUUGAACCAAAGCAACAAGAUGAAGAACCAUCAUCAUAUCAAGAUUCUCACGAGGAUCUCCAGAGCUAUGUUGAAGAGAACAAAGACAUGAUCCAAACUACAUCAGAAAAUGAGGAAGAGAAGGAAGGAUCAGGUACCCAAAGUGGGUUCUUUGAAGAAAAGGAUAGCUAUGCUCCAUCUCAAUUCAACAUGUUCAGUGCAUUCCAAAAUUCUGGCAGGGACUUUAGCUUGUUUUCCCCUGUUCAGGAUACAAUAUUCGGAGAAGAUGAUCAAAUAAACUUCAGUUUAUUAAAUGAUGCAUCUAAUCCCUCCCAUCAGGAAGAGGAUGAAGUCUUAGGCAGAUUUGCAAACUUGCAAGACCUGAGAAACCAGAGCGAGAUCAUCAAUUACGAUCUCACUAAGAAAUCCUUUAAGUAUAGAUCUGGUUAUUCAUCAAAAUCUCCUGAAUAAGCAAGCACUCUUUACUACUUCAUUUACAUUCAGGUUCAA